GCUGAUGUCACUGGGAAUUUCUGCACAUCGGGCUUAUAAAAGAGGCUUUCAGAUGGCAACAUGUACUCCAGAUAGAAAGAAUAAGAAAGAAAGAAAGGAAGGAAGGAAGAAAGAAAGAAAGAAAGAAAGAAAGAAAGAAAGAAAGAAAGAAAGAAAGAAAGAAAGAAAGAAAGAAAGAAAGAAAGAAAGAAAGAAAGAAAGAGACUAAAGCAGAGCAGUGAAGUGAAAAGACAAAAUGAAUAGUGUAGAGUCUCAGAUGGAGAAUGGGCUCCUAAUUGUCAGACACCAAAGAAGCAACAGAGAUUCCACCUGGCGCUGUGUCAGUAUCUGUGCAUUCCUGUUAUUACUCGGCUCCACCAUUCUCUUUGCUCUGCUGCAUUUUCAGAUCAUCCCAAACUUUGGCAACAAGGAUGAGAGUAAGAUGCCGGAAAUAUUGGCUAUCAAGACUUAUUUAGAAUCUGUACCAGAAGCCAGAGCCCAAGCAAGGAAAGGUCAAAAGAUGGCAGCUCAUUUUACAGGUGUUAAAGAAAGUGACAAAUUAGUUUGGGAGAAUUAUGACUCCGAUUCCUCUAUAGCGGAGAAAAUGCUCAAGGAUAACGCCAUCGUUAUUCCAGAACACGGUCUUUACUUUGUGUACACCCAGGUGUCCUUCACAGGUCCUGACUGCCAAAGGGAACCUCUCCACCUCACUCAUACAGUCAACAUAUUGAGGGAAUCAUACCCAACCGAAGAGCCAAUCCUCACUUCUAUGAAGACGGUCUGUGAGGUGCGUUCGGAUUCCACCUGGUUUCAGUCCGUCUAUGAAGGGGGGAUCUUUAAUCUUGAAAAGGGUUCUGUUAUCUCAACUGAAACCAAGGACAUUGAGUUUCUUGAUGAUGAUAAAGAAAGUAAAAUCUACCUGGGCAUCCUUGCUGUAUAAAACAUCAAAAAUCUUCAAUAUUCUCAUCAAAGCUGCUGGCUAUGUGUCAACACUAGUUUAGCCAAGAAAGAAAAGUUGGACAAUAUGCAUUUCUUAUUUGGCCCACCGACAAUUGUUGCUUUAAAUUGCUACUGAGAGUAUGGAAACUCAUACUCCUGGGCAAACUGUGGAUUUAACAACAUUAGCAAAUGACUUGCCAUGAGGCUUUCUAAAUUAUCCAGAUGCCGAGCCAUGUGUGAUGUAAAAACAAAACCCCUUGUAGUCAGUCACCAUCACUUUUGCUGCAUAUACUGGAUGUCGAAUGUCAUAUUAACAAUUGACUGGAGCAGCAUUGGACUGAAUGACAAAACUCAUUUGGGGUAAAAUGUGUCCGAAAACAUUCUGAUUUAACGUGUGCCUUACAUGUGUAUGUAUGAAUUUAUUUGUUUAUUUAAUUAUUUAUUUUUAUUAUUUAUAUAUGAGUUUUUUUGUACAAAUCUUUUAAGUAUCCGUGGGAUUAUUGCUAUGUAAAGCUGUUGUGCGUAUACAUACAGUGUAUGUAAUUCCUUGUCCUUAAACUAUCUUCAUUGGAAAGAUAUAUAAAUCUGUUUCAUACUGCAAACACAGCAGACAUUCAGUUUCACAUUAAAUGAGAAGCUUAAGUAAGUUUCUCUUUAAAGCAAUGGUUAGCGCUGGUCUGCAUUUUUAGUUAAACUGUAACUGAGACUUUUUGAGACCUUCAUACUCUAACCCCAUUGCUAAGCAGUGGCCACCCCUUUAAUCAGUGACCUCUAGUAAGUCUACAAUAGACAUAUUGCUAUUACUCAACUGAAACGGUGUGGCCCUUACAAUACUUGUCAGACUGGAAUCUGUAAUGACAGCAGACCACUCAUUUUUGUGAAAAGCAUAUUAUUUUGGAUGUUUCUGUUGGGGAUGGGAAAAGUUUCUAUUAAGUAUGUGUUUGUUCAUACAGUUUCAAUAAAUAUUUAAAAUAA